AUGCGGAAUGACGGCUCUCUUCUUCAGCCCCUAGCAGAAUUUGUGGAUUUCUACCUGCAGCCAUGGGUAAAGCAACAGAAGUCUUACAUAUGGGAUUCUACUGAUUUUAUAACACAUAUCUUACAGCUUACAGACAUCAAGUCAUCUGACAUUCUGGUCACGCUGGACGUUUCGAGUUUGUACACCGUCAUUCCGCAUGCAUCAGGUAUAGCAGCAGUGGCCAAGUGUCUUAGACGGAUACCAUACAUUGGCCCAUUGGAGGAGGUAUUAGUAACCCUGCUUGACAUGUGUCUCUCAGAAAAUUAUUUUUUAUUUGAUAAGAUCUACUAUUUACAAAUCUCCGGAACGGCGAUGGGGUCAAAUGUGGCCCCGACGCUAGCCAAUCUCUUUAUGGCCGAUUAUGAAGUAAAUGCCAUCAGAAUUUUUGAUAAACCAGAAAUCAAAUAUUGUCGCUACAUCGACGAUCUGUUCCUAAUCUGGCAAGAUGGGCCUUUGACAUUAGAUGCUUGGAUUGUGAGCCUCAAUGAAAUGAAGAGUACCAUACGAUUCAGUUCCACCACGAGCCUUGAUAUGGUUGACUAUCUAGACGUGAGAGUUUUUAAGAAGGAUACCAUUUUGGGCACUACUCUCUACAGGAAAACAACCGACAGGAAUUCUAUCCUGCACGCUCGCAGUUGCCACCAACCGAAUCUGGUCAAAAAUAUCCCUAAAGCACAAUUUCAACGGGUUAUGAGAAACAACACAGACAAAGAAAAGUGCUCCAUUCAAAUUGAAGAAAUGACACAGCGUUUCAUUGAGAGAGGCUACACUCGAAAAUUACUAGCUGAAAUGCGUACACUGGCAAGUACUCAAGGAAGAACAGACACUUCUGAAAAUCCAAAAUUGCAACAGAUGACUUUCGUAACCUCCUAUACACCUGAUAAACACCUGAUCAUUAAGACACUAAAAGAUGAGUGGAAAUUACUUGAGGCUGACCAUACUCUACCAUUUAAAACAUGGAAAACGCCACGGGUGGGAUACAGAAGGGGUCGGAACCUUAGAGACCUCCUGAUGAAGACGGAGCUAACAGUCAGGACACCACCCACCUGGCUGGGGAGAAAAGCUGGCUGCUAUCGCUGCCUUGGAUGUGUGACGUGUAAUGCUAUGAUCACGGGCACCCAGUUCCAACAUCCUGAACGCAGGAAGAAAUACAAGAUCAAACAUGCGGUGACCUGCACUACUACACACAUUGUGUACCUCCUGAACUGCCCAUGUGGCAAGUAUUAUACCGGAAAAACCACAGACGACGCCAGGACCAGGAUGGCCAACCAUAGAUACAGCAUUAGAUUGGCCAUCAAGAACGGAAAAACAGACCAACCAGUGGCCCGCCACUUCCUGGAAUCUGGACAUUCAGCUACAGAUAUGCGAUUUAGAAUUAUUGAUCAUGCCCUGGUGACGUUCCAUGAUGUGGCGGCCUGCUUCUCUUCAGAGGAAUGGCGGCAUCUGGAGGACUGGCAGAAAGAGCUGUACAGGAAUGUGAUGCGUGAGAUUCAUUCUGCUCUGCAGGCCAUGGGGUACACAAUUCUGAACCCAGAGCAGCUACUGCGUGUGCAGAAGAAUGACGAUACCUCCGAGAGACUAAACCAAUCUGCAGAACAACAAAAGAUGCUCAAAGCAGGUGGUCCCCUAUAUCAACCCAGUGUGUGCUUAUGGCGGUUAUUUUGUGAACAAAAUUGGAAUAGCAAGAGAGAGCAAGAUCCCACUAGCCAUGAAAGGGCCAAAUCUGAGCUGCAAAUGGUGAAGCCAGACAUCUUCUUGCGGAUAAAGCCAGAUGAGAUGGUGUUUGAAGCUUGUCCGGAGCCUGGUGAUGGUGAUAAAGGACAGAGUGACAAAUCCAUGAGAUCAGGCAUCUCACUUACCAUAGAAGGGGAGACUGAGCCUUUCUGGGUGAAUGUUGAAGCGACAGAUCAGGGUGAGCUACGGAGGGAGCAGCAUGCAGAUAACGGUUUUGUAAGCAGCCCAACAGAGGAGCGUCUUACACAGCUUCAUCACAACAAUCUGUCUUUAGAAAAUGAAUCCCUUGAUGGUCAGGAGGAAUGGGACAGCCUAUCUCCAGUUCGACUGCCACGCCCCAGAAAAUGCCAAUCCAUAUACAGAAUUGGAGAACCCAUAUCGCAGUGUGCUUAUGACUUCAAUGACCCUUCUAGUCCAACUCCGGCAAGAGCUUUCCAAUGUUCUCAGUGCCAACAGAGUUUUAAUGAGAUGGAGACUCUUCUUUUACAUCAGACAGUUCACACUUCCUGGACUUGUAGCUCACAGGAGAAUGUUGGUAGUGGAUUCACCCCUUCUAAACCUUCCCCUGUACUGAUUGGGGGAUAUUCAGCUGUGCCAGCACCUUAUAUAUGUGGGGACUGCGGGAAAGGGUUUUCAAACUCUUAUAAACUGAAAAUUCACCAGAGAAUUCAUACUGGAGAGAGGCCCUACAAAUGCUUGGUAUGUGAGAAACGUUUUCAUAAGGGUGCCCAUCUUAAGGUUCAUCAGAGAACACACACUGGAGAACGGCCUUAUGGAUGCCAUGUUUGUGGUAAACGUUUCACAAAGUCCUACCACCUUAAAGUUCACAUAAGGAUUCAUACAGGGGAGAGGCCUUACCAGUGCCCUGAGUGUCACAAAUCCUUUAGUGUCAAUUCUCACCUCACUGUCCAUCAGAGAACUCACACGGGUGAGAGGCCCUUUGUCUGCUUUGAAUGUGGCAAGAGUUUUCGUCAGAAGACUAGUCUCCUUGGCCAUCAGAAGUCUCACCAAAGAAUUGCAGAACGGAGGAAGCUAAGCUGGAAGACUUUGUGGCCAGAUAAAUAGUUUAUGUUUUGCCAUUUUAAAUAGUGUUGCUGUUGGAGGUCACUACAAGACUUAGUGGAAGGCUGAGACCAUUGAUAAACACACGUGCCGUUACUCUUGAAGGAUAAAUAUUAGAAACUUUAGGUUAAAACUAUUCAGACAACAAUGCAGGCUUCAGUUACUGACAAUUAUUAAACACUUUGUAGAUUCCAAUUUAGUAAUAAUAGCAAUCAUUCUGUUCUUUUUGCCCAAGUAGGACCUUACAUAACCGUAUUACAAGCACGAUAUUUCCUAAAACUGAAAGCAAUUUGUUGAUAUCAUUGACUUCUGUUACGAUGUUUAUACUGGAUAAAUAGUAAAAAAAAACUGCAUGAGGAAGCAUUUCUAUGUAGGGGGAUAUAGAUGGGCCCCAACUUAGCAUUACCACCAUUCACGUGUUGUGUUUUUUUCUCAUCUGGUCCCAAGUCAUGGUACAUGAAGAUGUUGACUGCCAUUUUAAAGUGCUUUGUUCUCAUUUGCA